AUGCUACAAUUUGUCUCUGAUGUCCACGGUCUUGUUGGGCUCCUGUUGGAAUCAUUCAAAGGGGCAGAGCAGAACUAUGACACCCACAACAAGGAGCUUCUAGCAAUCAUCCGCUCCUUUGAGUAUUGGCGUAUCUUCUUGGAGGGAACGGCUCAUCCCAUCACGGUCUUCACCAAUCACCGGAACUUAGAAUAUUGGAAAGAGUCAAGGACCUUUAACCAGCGCCAUGCACAAUGGCACCUCCUUCUAGCCAGAUACAAUUUCCAAAUUGUCUACCGUCCAGGAAAGCAGUCAGGGAAGCCAGACGCACUCUCACGCCACUUGGACCAUGCUGAUAUUCCUCCUGCUGACCAAACAAUGCUCCCAGACCCAGUAUUUGCAAACACAGCCCUAAUCACACCAGGGAAGGAACUCCAGCGUCAAAUUGAAUCCGCCCUAAACAAAGACAAGUCUCUGGAGGAAAUCCUGCAGUUCCUCCAGAAUGAGUCCAAGGCCCUGCCAUCAAUCAAAUGCGCCUUCAAAGAUUACCAAAUGGAGGCUGGCUUAUUGUUUUACCAGGGACGCAUUGUAGUACCCAAUGUUGGAACACUGAGAACGGAUCUACUUUGCAUAUUCCACAAUAGCCCACUGGCUGGUCACCCAGGAAGACAACAAACCCUAGAGCUUAUCUCAAGAAACUAUUACUGGCCUGGGAUCCGCUUGGACACAUACUGGCAUGUGGACUCCUGUGAAACUUGUCAACGCAUUUGCAAGCCAAAAUACGCUUCCAUUCCCCUGCAACCGCUGGAGUUACCAUCCAGACCCUGGCAACACAUUUCCUAUGACAUGAUUCUCAAGGCACCCAAGUUAGCAGACCUAUUCCUGCAACAUGUGUGGAAACGCUACGGAAUGCCUGAGAAGACAGUAUUGGAUUGUGGAAGGGUCUUUAAUAACAAAUUCCUUAAAGCACUGUACCAGCGCCUAGGAAUAGACCCCCACUUCUCUUUGGCUUAUCACCCCCAAAGCAACAGCCAGACGGAACAAGUCAAUCCCACAGUUGAACACUUCCUGCGGGCUUACUCUGGAGUCAAUCAGAAGGACUGGGUUAGGUGGCUGCCAAUGGCGGAGUUUGCCUACAAUAAUGCAGUACAUAGCAGCACUGGCAAAUCCCCCUUCAAGGCGUUAUACGGCUGGGAACCUACCAACUAG